AUGAACUUGCCAACCUUGGAGUUUCCCUUGCAACCUUCGACCCUGACAGUCAAACCUUCCUCGACUCCAACGCUUGUCUAUUUGAUCCUCUAUCCUCGGAGGCGCUUGGGAAGUAUUCUUUGGUCAAGUCCGAACUUAACGGGGGUGCCAUCGACUACUACUUCAAUUUUGAUGAUAUUUAUUAUCACCCUACAAAUGCCAAAAACCCCUCUACUGCAAAUCCGUCAUUAUCUUACUAUCCUCUACACUCAUUACGAGAAAGAGUGUGAAGGCGACAUCGAGUUUUUGAACGAAGUCACUGGAUGGGACGAGAUCAAACACGACAACCCAUUCCACCAUAGCCCAAAAGGACUGUUACUUGGCUGUGGGCCUCUAAGUUGGGAUAGUAAGUCUAAGCGCGAGUGGUGUCUUAAACUCCGAGUCUCGCCUAUCUACAGUUUUUUGCGGAAGGCUGAGGCGCCCUUCAAUCUUUUUGUUCGUUACUUUGCCUGUGAGCCUCGAGAUGGCCCGGAGUAUGAAUUCUACAAUGAUGGGGAGGCUACACCCACCCACGCUCCUGAGUAUGUCACUUCGUCACCCGAAAUCAAUAAAGUGUCCAUUCCAAGGAAGAUGAUGCCAUGUUUACUGAAGAACCGUGGAUCUACAUUUCUACAUGUUGACGCAAUAGAUUCCACAGGACGAACGGACGAAGAAUUCGCGUUCCAUUUACGACAGAGACAGCUCUGA